AUGAGGUCUGCAAGGGAGGAGUAUGGUAGGGAUGUUGUCUACCUUGAUGCUAUCAAUAAGACAACAGAUUAUGCUCUGCCAUUGUUUUUCCUUGUGAUAAAAACACCAAGCACGUAUCUUGUCGUUGGCACAUUUAUUGUACAAUUUGAGACUGCAGAGUGCAUUGAGGAGGCCCUCAUGAUGUUCAGAACAUGGUGCUCGCAAUUCAAUCCAAAAUUCUGGAUGGUUGAUUACUGCCUUGCUGAGAUCAAUGCCAUAAGAGCAAUUUUCCCAGAAAGUAGUAUUGCCAUGUGCGACUUUCAUCGAGAGCAGGCGUGGGAGAGGUGGUGCAAAAGAAAGGUGAAUGGAGUGCAAGAGCAAGGAGUUGUGUUGACUAGCCUAAGAAGCCUUGCAAAGGCAGCAACAGAGCAAGAGUACAUGUUACUGGUGGAAGAACUAGAAGCUGCUCCCUUCAGGAAAGCAAAACCCAAGCUUCAGCAGUACAUCAAGCAACACUGGCUUUCCAUUAAGGAGUGUUGGGUAACUUUCUACAGGCUGGACCUUCACGUGACAACGAACAAUGGUGUAGAAAACCAAAACCGCCUGUUGAAAGGGUAUUAUCUCAAAAAUCACUGCGGCCGCAAAAGUCUCUCUGGGCUGGUUCAAAUACUUCUAGACAAGUUCCUCCUAGAAAAACAAAAUGAAUUCCUCCGGAACGAUAUGACAUUCACCUCUGCAUACAGAGCCUACCACACAUAUAUACCAGAGUUCCUGCAUGACCGUCCACCAGCAGUAGUCAAGCAUAUCAUUCAACGGCUUCUCGCUGCAGAAGAUUUCAACAAGAACAACAUACAAAUGCUGGAGAAGGCUGGAACGUUCCAUGUGCAUUCUCAAACUACAGCUUCCGCCUUUUACACCGUUGACUUCAGUCAGCCACAUUGUAACUGUAUGGACUUCAGAAAGACACAGCUGCCAUGCAAACACUUCUGUGCUGUCUUUCUGCAGUACAAAGACUGA